UAGGAUAGCCGGUGGGCAGGAGGGGGAGGAAGCAGCUUGAAAACAAAGUGACGCCUACGUGACAAACACACACACUGACUGGACCUGACAAGAGGAGUAACGGGACAAACUAGAGAGGAAGACUGAGCUGUGCUGCUGUUCAGGACCUGACAAGGUGAAGACGGCGUGGAAACUCUGCUGUUGUGUCUCUAAUCUGCAUCGCAGGUGCUAUGGAUCUGCAGUUUUUCCUGUGCUGGAGAGUUGCCCCAUUGUUCCUUUUGAUGCCAUCGGGGCUCCGGUGUAUGUCGGUACACAUCGUCAACAAGGAACCUGUGCAUGUAAUCCUCGGCUCUAACCUGAUUCUGAGAGCUCGGAUGGAGCGGGGACCCCUGGAAGACAUCUCCAUGGUAACCUGGGAACGGGAGCCUGAGACCGGGAUUGAUCCGGUGAGACGGACUCUGGCCGCAUGCCCUGGCGGAAACCCGACGUGCGCUGGUGCGAGGCCAAACAUCCGCGUGAACGUGGAGCAGCAGGAAACAACGCUCCUGAUUAAUGAGUACAGCACAGCAGACAGCGGCGUGUACGCCGUGACUGUGACGGAUCACAGAGGAGCCAGGACCACUGCAUACUGCAUCGUCAGGGAAUACGAGGCGGUUCAUCAUGUUUCUGUCAGCAUCAACGUUUCUCACUCUACGCUGGUUUGUGGCGAGGCCUGGGGGACGGACCCCCACUUCAGCUGGCUCCACGAGAAAACAACCAUCAACCAGGCGGUGGGGAAAGUCUCCAAAGAUGGAGCAACGUUGUUUGUGACCAUGACCCCCAUUUGUGGCCACUUCACCUGCAUGGUUAGCAACAAGCUGGGCGACAGUUCGGCCACCUACACAGCAGCGCCGUGUGAGACUGGGGGCAGAGGGACGACGGCAGCCGUAGUCUGUCUCGUCCUCCUGGUUCUGCUGUGUGGGGGAGUGCUGGCAUUUCUCCUUUGGAGGAGGCGCAGGCACACUAACAGAGGGGAAAGGCUGCACGAACAUUUGGACGACGGCAUCUAAGAAGGGCCCGAGAGGUCUCCGAGGAGAACGACAAACAGGCUGGACUGCGAGAGGGGACCUUCCUGUCCGGUGAGCAGUAUGACCUCACACCGCACUGGAACAAUGUGAAGAGUGAACUGCUUUUUGACAAAUAAAAAACACCCAGAAGUGGAUAUUUGACACGAAGGGACAGCAUCGUCAUUGCACUGCCUCCUGCUGGACUAAGUCUGACACUAUACUGUAUAAAGUGCUUAUUAUGUUUUAAAGGUCAAGCAUUAUAUGAAAAUGUACUGCACAGCAUGCAGAAGUCCCUGCGUGUAAUGUGACAGAAGCAUGUGGUUAUAGCAAUUUCACAGAAAGAAAUUUAAAGCUAAUUUCAGUCUGAAAGGACAGAUAUAUUUUCACAUGAACUGAGUCACGAUCGUGGCUACCUUUUUCUCAUCUAUUGUAACUGCCAGUGUUUAAUGAUGUGCCUUAACGCUGCAGGUUUUCAGCUUUGCUGCAAACUAAAGACUUGAGAAAUAAAGUUUUGAGAACUGAGCUCUGUUUUGAUAUGAACUUUUGACCCCUUUGAAGCAAUACUUACAGUGAAAUGGGAUUUCUCCACGGUUGCUAUGUAAGGAAAAUCAGCUUUACCAGUACCAGUUACUCUGUGCAAAUGUAUGCAAACCCUCAAGCGCUGAAACUACCCUUUUCAAAUGUUUCUUUUUCUUUCAAGCAUUUUGCAAAACUUGUCCACCCAUCUCUCCUUAAUGACCCAUUUUUCCUGCAAAGCUUCUUUAUUUGCAAGACUUUUGAGGUUUUUCUUCUUGUAUGUAUUGCAUGUUUCAAAUUUGCUACAAAUUUCCUUUCCAGUCAAC